GCAAUGUUCACGUAGCCAACGGUUAGCUACAUUAGCAUUAGCAGAUCAAAGAGCGAGCCCAUGGUAGUCCGAAUCCAUUUAAAUGAGCAUUCACUCACGAAACACCGUGCACGUGUUAUCAACGUGUUAAUUAAAACAUUAUGGCCUGAGUAAUGUCCGCUUGUGUUCUCGGUUGGUCAUUUUUGCCUGUCCUAGCUAGUAACGGUGUUAUUUUAGCGGUCUCGAGCGGAACGUUGUUUAACGUUAGCUGUCGAUAGAAACAAGGCGUAACGACAACAACAAUGGCUGUAUGUUGACCAUGCACUUGUCGGCAUGCACUAAUAUUUGGCUAGGUGUAACGCUACUGGUAGUGGUAAUUUGCUAAGUGUAACGUCACUAAGUUGCACUAAAAACACAAGACUAACUAGGUUAACUGCAGUGCCAUCAACUGGAUCAUCUUAGGCCCGCAGGAUGGCUGCUGCAGGACGUGCGGCUGGACCAAGCACCUCCAAUACGGAUCUCAUAGAUCUUUACGGUGAUCUGAAUCACACCGACGAGGAACUGGACAGAAUCGCUGAAGCAAAUGAACUUUUUGAUGCAGUUCUGACGGGGGCAGUCAAUCAGGACAAGAAAGUUACAACAAAUGUGGCACCUCCGACAGACACAUCAGCUCAAGAGAAGGCAAAAACAACAACAGAGAAUUGUAAAAAAGCAGGAAAUUCACUGAGGAAGCUGUCUUUGUAUAUUGGAAAUUUCCCCUGGUGGACAUCUGAUAAGGACCUCCUUAGCAUGGCUCAAACGUUGGGUGUAAUGGACAUGAUAGACAUCAAAUUUGCUGAGAACAGAAUUAAUGGCCAGUCAAGAGGAUAUGCAGAGGUGGUUGUAACCUCAGAAGAGUCAUUAAAAAUAUUGUUGGAAAAAGUACCCCACUGUGAACUCCAUGGGGAAAGGAUAGACUGUCGCUUUGCCACUCGCCAGAACCUCACCAUGUUUGAGGACACAGCUAAUAAACGUAUACCCAUGCGUGCACAAUCCAAAGACCCUAACGACACAGAGCCUUUGGAAAAGAUUCCCUCAUUAUUAUCGCAGGAGCCCAGCCCUCCCCCUAUACCUCCACUUUUUCCAUCAAACAGGUUUCCCUCAUUACCCAGCCCUUUCCUUGGUCGGCCUCCUCCUCUCUUCCCACAUAUGCUGCCCAACAUCCCUCCACCACUGCCACCCCCUUUGUUUCCUCCUCCUCCAGUUCAUGUUCUUGGCCAACCACCUCCCAGUCUGCAUACGAAUCCAGCAUUGGUCAAUCCGGCACAAGACGGUCACAGCAGCAAAUCUUACAGCCAACAAAAACACACACAUACAGAUGCAGAAUUUGAGGAGCUGAUGAACAGAAACCGAGCUGUUGCCAGCACUGCUAUCACCAAGGCUGUGUCUGGAGCAACAGCUGGAGAACUGCGGGUGGCUAUGGAGACUCUUCUAACUGCCAUCGCCAUCAUAAAGCAGUCCAAAGUGUUUGGAGAUGAACGCUGCCAAGCCCUGGUCACCUCACUCAAAGACUGUCUCGUCUCUAUCCAGGGCAACUACGGCUACAGCAGAAGCAGCAGUCGUUCUGGGGAUGAAGAAAGAGAAAGAGACCGGGACCGGGAUAGGGACCGGGAUAGGGACCGGGUGCGUGACAGAGAACGAGAGCGUGAUAGAGAACGCGACAGGGAAGAUUCCUCUGGUUGGGAAAGUCGAAGACGCAAAGAAAGCUCCUCGAGUAGGGAGAGGGACAAGGAACGCUCACGAGAACGGGAAAGGCACAGAGAUUACAGAGAGCACAGAGAGCACAGAGACCGUUACCGUUAAUUUGACUGAUCGAGUGUUUGUGAAGCAGACUGAAGACAGGACCUUUUGUUUGUGCAUCAAACUUUGUAAAAUCUGGAGUUAUAAAUUGUGAGACUGAAGAUGUAUCUCCAACAGCCUAAAGUGUACUGUUAUUUGUUCCUCGUUCAUCUGUACAUACUGGGACUUUCAAGGACAACAUGUGGUUGUAGACCUGUUGCUGGCACAUGUGAUCCAAUGCUUGCAUGCACAGGAACACUGCUGAUUAACUUAUGUAAUGUAGUGUAACAUUUUCAUCACUUUCUUUUGUAUUAAAUUACAAAUUAAAAAAAACAUUCCGACAAUGUAA